UACAGACAGGCGACUACUUUCACAACCCAGGUGACACGUACUCCUUCAGGUGUUCCAGAAUCCAGUGAUCGUGGAUCGCGAAAUGCUACCACUUCAUCAGUAUACCUUCUUAUUGUCACGGAGGUGCUGGACAAAAGGCAUGACGAAGACCGCCCAAGCGGCAAUAUUAUAUGUGAUAGCAGGUGUUGUAUCAGGUGCAACUAGUGCCAGUCCAGUGUUGUCUGCAGUGUCUGACACAGCCAGGUUCAACUGGGAGAUUCCACAGGGAGGUCUGGGGACAGGAGCCAGUUUCUAUGUUGUCAGUCCUGCUGGUGGCACUGUGUUCAUAGUGACAGGUUCUGGGAAUUUCAUCCCACUCCCAGGCUACAGCGGUAGACUGGUGUACCAGGGGAACAUAGCAGUCAGGAACGUCACCUUCACCCUCAGCAACAUCCAGACAUCUGAUGCAGGGACAUACACGUGUGGGAAUGGAGGAGGGACCGCCACUGAUGUGAUACAGAACUGUGGACAGAAACUUGUUGUCCUGGGUAAACCAACAACACCUGGUCGUCCAGUGUCAACAACACCUGUCUACAACCAGCAAAUGACCUUGACCUGCAGCUCCACCUCUACCUCUGUCCCAGCUGAUCAUGGUCUGACCUUGACCUACACCUGGCAGCGUGACAACACUGACAUCACAGUUACCUCUCCUGGUUCCCCCUACACCUUCACAGUGAGUUCCCUGGACAGUCACAGCUACAGAUGUAGAGCGAGAGAAAGUCGGGGUCUGGAGUCCGAGUGGAGCCAGGUGUACCACAUGGAGCCUCAGUACGGCCCCUAUCAGAUCUCACGCCAAUUCCAGACUCCGCCCUCCCUCCUCCUCCUACACUACCCAGCUAACAUAAGCAUGUUUACCGCCAACUCUCACAGUGGCUCAGUGACAGUUAACGAGUCUGAUACAGUGACCUUGAGAUGUCAGAUUGACAGUAAUCCAAGGUCAGUAAUCACACUCCUGAAUGGCACUGAGGAGCUGACAAGGACAGAUAACUCCCUGUCAGCAACAUACAGACUGGAGUCAGCAGACUGUAGACAAAGAGGGAACUACUCCUGUACUGCCACCAACAACAUCGGGGCACCUGUCACCCAGACGUGGAGGUGGUCAAAUGUGAGUUCACCUCGACUUGAUGACUCAGUGUCCCAACAACUCAAGUUCGCCUCUAGACUGGGUGGUGACGUGGCUGUGUCUGUGUCAGUCCUGGCCUACCCCCUUCCUACAUUCACCUGGAGUAGAUCCAUCAGCACCAGUCAGGACCUCACUGGUUCCUCCAGCCCUGUCUCAGACAUCUCAGUCACUGCCAGACUACACCUUACUAACCUCCAACAGCAAGACUUCGGGGACUACAGUCUGACAGUGGACAAUGGUGUGGGCAGUUCAGUGACAUACACAGUCAGUGUUGUGCCUGCAGAUCCAACAGACCAGCAAAGGCUUGGAGCUUCAUGUAAUUGUACCGGGGUAACAGCAGGAGCGACAGUAGGAACCUUUCUUCUUACCCUGCUCAUUGGAGGGAUUGUUCUAAUGGUGCUGUACAGAAAGGGGUACAGAGUUGGAAACAUUCUAAAAGGAGCUGCACGAAAAAGUUCUAGCCACCCUGAACCUGUGGAAAUGGACAACAAAGGAUACUCAUCUCUAGAUCAGAUCACGGCUCCAGCGCAGUAUUCAAAUUUGGGGGAGGAAUCAGAAAAACAACAGUACACACAGUUGAAGAUUUAUGAGAAUACAAAAGCGGAUACUGCAGCAGAUACAAGCACCUAUGAAGGCGUGACAAAAACUCCCCCUGUGACCUAUGAAUCUCUGAGGGCAUCGACAUACCAGAACACUGGGGCACAUUCUCAAGAUCCUGAGCAUGGAAAUGCCUAACGAAGCACAAGGAUAGAUACCAUUACAUAAGUUUCUGCUGUGGAUAAAGAACCACCACGUCAUUAGCUUGCUUUGAGACAGCACGUCUUAGUUAUUUGUCUGUUUAUUCACCCGUACUUUGUGUUGGUACAUAAUGAUGCAUACACAUUUACUGUUAGAAACCAAAUCAUCUAUCUUGACCAACAAGAUGGGUGUAUGUCAUCUUUGUCAAAUAUGUAACAUUGGAUAGAUGCACAAAGUAAUUCACUUGGUGAUUAUGCAAAUAGAUGCAUCAUAAAUAGGAGCGGAGCUCAAGAAAUCUGAUCUACAAUUUAUAAUAUUAGUCAUGAUUCGGGAAAGAAUGAGUAGAGCUGGAAUAACAAGAGCUCCAGUCCUACAGCAGGCGCAAUGAUAGGCGUGGGCCAGAGGAAUGGCGUUCUGGGUGAGUAUGUGAGAGCUCAUUGUGCGAGGAUCGUUGAUACUUGCCACGAGCAGGAGACCAUGGUGCCAUGGUGUAGCCAGUCCAGUCAUUAGCUUCAGUCAGAGCAUGUGGACAGCCCUGCAGUGUUGCUUCCCUCCCGAAGCUUUUGAUACUAACCAAAAAAAAGGACCUACUAGGUAUUUAGUUACCGGGCAACCAUUUUACAGUCGUGACCAUAGAGAUACAAGCGGGAAUCGUCAGUUGUCAUCUCCUCGGUCAUGUGUUUGUUAGUCAGUUUUGUAACUACCUAUGAUCUAGGGACGUUUGAAUUACAGAACGUAAACGAUUAUGUAUCGAGCUGUUAUUAAGCUCCAGAGCAUCACCAGUGAACAAAACAUUUGUCCAAGGACCAUUGCAGCAUUCAUCAUCGUAUACGAUCUUGAUCUUCGUAAAUGGGAGUAGAUUGAAUAGAUUAGAUUAGAAUAGAUAAAACAAUUGUGUUGAAUGCCUAUAACUUGUAACUUGAUGAUGUAUGUGUGUAUUAAUACUGCUGUGACUGUGACUAGUAUAAUCAUCAUCAUCUUAUCGUUUCUUGCAAUUGAUGAACAUUUUCACUUCAUUGCCUACUUGCACCUUGAGAUCUCAUUCUAUGGUUGAAUGAUCAAUGUCUAAUGAUAUAUCCAUGCACCUCCCCUGUACCAGCAGCUUCCUCUAUAGUGUUGGACAUCAAUAAUUUGCAAUCUCUAGUUGAGUCAUACAGACAGUACUACACUCGUCCUUGUGAGAUAUCACUUUUAUGUCAGCGCAUGUAUAUUGAAAUAUUCUCGUCAAUAAAAUAAUAUCAACCUGGAA